UCACACCUUUGGCAAUCACUUGCUGGUCGGAAUGACGACGGCAUCCUCCGACACGGCCGCUUCCAGUGCAACGACGUUCAGCGAUAUACCGCUCCAUGGAGACGUGGGCCGUGCACUCACAGCUAUGCGCUUCCUGCGUCCGUCGCCUAUUCAGCUGCACGCGCUGCCUGUGACUCUGUUCGGCAACGAUGUCAUUGGCCAGGCCAAGUCAGGCACGGGCAAGACCGCGGUCUUCGGAGUCACCGCCAUCGAACACGCGAUCCGCAACAUAGAACAACGAACACAGGAGGUGGAGGAUCAAAUGGUGGGAGAUCCGUUGGCAUUGAUUCUGGCGCCGACUCGAGAGAUCGCGGUUCAGAUUGAGACUGUGCUGCGUCAAUUGGCGCAAUUCCGACCGGAUAUCGUCAUCCGCACGUGCAUCGGUGGGCUGCCAGUAGCUCAAGAUCAGAUUCACUUGGCUGCGGGGUGCCAUAUUGUGGUGGGCACACCAGGCCGCGUGAAAGCGCUCGUAGAUCAAUGCUCACUGCCAUGCAGUGCCAUUCGACUGCUUGUUUUGGAUGAAGUGGAUAAACUCAUGACACGAGACUUCGAGAAAGAUAUCCAAUAUAUCGCGGAUGCACUUCCCGAAAGGCGACAGACACUCGCGUUUUCGGCCACGUUCACAACUGAUCAACUUAUGGCAGUUGCACAACUAAUGAGGACUCCACAGAUCGUGCGGGUUCGGGGGCCAGGUGAUGUCACGACGGAGUUUAUUUCGUCUGCUGACGACCUGGAAAAGUGGAAGAAACGAGAGCAAUCUAAUUCGCCGGAGCUUUGGCUUCGUCAUGUACGCCAGUUUUACAGUGUUGUCAAUACACCAUCUGGACCAGCAGCAGGCGACAAGGUGGUGAAGCUGGCAGCACUACUGUCGGAGAUCGUAUUUGUGCAGUGUAUGGUGUUCUGUAACGAUAAAUUUCGCGCUGAGGCGUUGGCCACAGCUCUUGCAGCGCAGGGUUGGCCAGCAGCAUGUAUCACUGGUUCUCAGACACAAGCUACACGUUUGGAAGUGAUGGAAGGCUUUAGAGCAUCACGUUCCCGUGUGUUGGUGUCUACAGACCUCACUGCACGAGGUAUAGACGUCGACAAAGUCAACUUUGUGGUUAACCUGGAUUUGCCACGAGACCCAGCAACAUAUUUGCAUCGUGUUGGAAGAACAGGGCGUUUUGGUGGGAAAGGAUUAGCAGUAACGCUACUCGCGAGAAAAGAAGUACAAGGAAUCAGCCUACUUGCUCGAGUUUUCAAGAUGGAGAUCAAUGAGUUGCCCAGUCCGGUACCAGCAGAGAUUUAUACCUACGCAGCUCCAGAAGAAAACGGUGGCGGUGAAGAAGCAGAGGGGCCUGCGGAUGGUGUGGUCGACGAAACGUUUCCACCUGAGGUUGUGAGUGAGUCGUACAACUGUGAAGGUAAUGACGAGGAGGAAGGAGACAAGCCUACAGACUCUGCGGCUGCUGGGAAAUUUUCGGCUGAUGAGACUGAGCAUUCAAGUAAGAGGCACAACUAUGAAGAUGAAGCGGAGAACUCUAUAUCAAGUGCAGCAAAAAUGGCAGUGGUGAACGAGCAAUUGUCGAGAGCUGUCGUAAGCCGAUACGAUAUGGAAGAGAAAUCGUAUGAAAGCUGGGUGAGGUUACUUUAGCUACCUCUGGUUUGACGUUAGAUCUUGGCGCUAGCUUCCACAUAGAAUUGAUCUCGUCAUUACUCACAUCCGCUCGCCAUCGUCGCUGUAUUCUGCCUUGUUAGAUUUUCUUACAGAACACCACCGAGGGAGGUCAGCCGAC